GUUAAAUUGUUUACGUAUGUACAUAUAUAAUUAUUUUUGUUUUUAAAAUGGUACAAGCAUGGUAUAUGGAUAGUGAAACAACGGACCAGCGGCUGCAACACCAUAAAAAUCCUCCAGAAUAUAUUUCUCUGGAUGAUUUAUUCUCUAAAACGGGGGUUGAAUAUUUUAAAAUAAACAUAGACACAUAUAAAACUGAUGGAGUACUAGAAAAACUUAAGAAUGAACGAGGUUAUACAUAUGAAGAUGAGAUGGUCUGUUCCAAGGAAUGUCUUCCGAAUUAUGAGGAGAAGAUAAAAUCGUUUUACACUGAGCACUUGCAUACCGAUGAGGAAAUUAGGUUUAUCCUAGACGGCUCUGGUUACUUUGACGUGAGAGAUGGUGAGGAUCAAUGGAUCCGUAUUGCCGUGUCUAAGGGAGACAUGCUGAUCAUCCCGAGCGGUAUCUACCACAGGUUUACCUUGGACACCAAUAACUACAUAAAAGCGAAACGUUUCUUCAUUGGUGAGCCGGUUUGGUUGCCUUACAACAGGCCGGCCGAUGAGAUGCCUUGCCGGAAGGACUACGUUGAGAAACUACAGAGCGGAUUCUCAGUAGCAGCGUAAUGUAAUAAAAUUA